AUGUCCUUUAAGAAUCCUCGUAAAGCCAUUCUCACCAAGCCUCAAUUGGAAUACUUUCAGUCAUCCAAAACGCACCAGGAUAUUGUCUCGUACAUCGAGACACUGAAUGAAGCCGUAGUCGGAACUAGGCUAACUGAUGAAUGCCCGAUGUCGAACGGCGCUUCAGCAGUUCUAGGCUUGUUUGAUCAAGUGGAAAAGUUGGCGAAGGAAACACCUCCAGUGGAUAAUAAGGCAUCGAGGUUUGGGAAUCCUGCUUUUAGGACAUUUUACGAUAAGAUCGCUGAGAACUCAGAAUCAUUUCACACAUCACUCCCCAAUUUGCCACAAGAAAGCAUUCCAGAAAUAUCAGUGUAUUUCAACGAGGCAUGGGGGAAUCGAACACGUAUCGAUUAUGGAAGUGGCAUGGAACUGAACUUUUUGUGUUGGAUCAUAUGUUUGGACCGCCUCGGGGUAUUACAGGAAAGUGACCAUAAAGCAAUUGUGCUAAAGAUUUUCUGGAGGUAUAUCCAAGUAAUGCGCGUACUGCAGUCAACGUACUGGCUAGAACCAGCCGGCUCACAUGGUGUAUGGGGUCUGGACGACUAUCAUUUUCUGCCGUUCCUGUUUGGGUCAGCUCAACUAAGAGGGCACAAGUAUAUCAGGCCGAAAGCAAUUCACGACGCCGAGAUCGUGGAGGAGUACUCUCAAUAUUAUAUGUAUUUUGCUUGUAUUGCGUUUAUCAAUUCAAUCAAGACUGCCUCUCUACGGUGGCACUCGCCCAUGCUCGACGAUAUCUCGGCGGUGAAAACAUGGGACAAAGUUAACUCUGGCAUGAUCAAAAUGUACCUUGCGGAAGUGUUAGGCAAACUUCCCGUAAUGCAACACUUCCUCUUCGGGUCCAUACUCACCUACGAUGGUCCUGAGACACCCCAUUCACCCUCAUUGUCUCCGGAAGAUGAUGCUCAUCGCGGCCACGCUCAUGCCCAUGCACCAGGGGAUCUUGGAGGAGCUGGUCAAAGGGAGGUCGGGUGGGGUGACUGUUGCGGCAUUCCUGUCCCGUCCGUGUUUGCUUCUGUUCAGGCCGAAAAGGAGAAAGAGCAGGGUGGUUUCAAGUUGUCGGGUCCUGGGAUUCGUCCAGUUCCUUUUGAUUAA